AAUUCAGACCUGGAGUCUCGAGAUAGGUUAGGUUCGUUGAGGUUAGAAGUUCCGAGCUAGAGAGAUCGGGGAUUCCGUAUCCAUAUGAUAUUGAAAGCUGGUAAAUUAACGAGAAACCUGACAUUUCCGCGAGGAGGAUAAAACGCUAAGAAUAUCGAGGAUUUACUUGAUCCCGUCGAGACUGUUGUGCUAGAAAGAUGCCGACUAUUGGAGUAAAACGCGACUUGCUGUUUAAAGCGUUGGGCAAAACAUAUUCUGACGACGAGUUCCAAGUGUUGUGCUUCAAGUUUGGUUUGGAGCUGGACGAAGUGACCACGGAGAAGCAGAUGAUAGCGAAAGAACAAGGUUCUGACCAUGGCGUGGACGCCUCUGAGGAAGUUAUAUACAAGAUCGAUGUACCCGCCAACAGAUAUGAUCUCUUGUGUCUGGAGGGCCUGAGCACUGGUCUGCUUAUAUUCUUGAACAAGAUACCUACUCCACGUUACAAGGCAAUAAGACCAACGGCGGGAAUGGAGAGAAUUACAAUGAGCCCGGAGUGCUUAAAAGUAAGGGAACACAUAGUCGCUGCGAUUUUGAGAAACGUUACCUUGACACAAGAGUCUUACAACAACUUCAUCGACCUUCAAGACAAGCUGCAUCAGAAUAUAGGAAGAAAACGCAGUCUAGUCUCUAUCGGCACUCACGACCUGGACACAGUUAAAGGCCCGUUCCUGUACGACGCCAGACCACCAUCGGAGAUACGUUUCAAACCGCUUAAUCAAGACAAAGAAUAUACAGGAGCAGAAAUCAUGCAGCUGUAUGCAACGCAUGCACAGCUCAAACAAUAUUUACCCAUCAUUAAAGACAGUCCCGUUUAUCCGGUGAUAUACGAUAGUAAUGGAGUUGUUCUAUCUCUCCCUCCUAUCAUCAAUGGCGAUCAUUCCAAGAUUACACUCGAUACAAAAAAUAUUUUCAUCGAAUGUACAGCGACUGAUCUUACGAAGGCGAAGAUAGUGGUGGACACCAUAGUCUGUGCUUUCAGUCAGUAUUGCAAGACGAAGUACACCGCCGAAAUUGUGGAAGUAAUAUAUCCCACUCUUCAAUCCGAUGUAUCUCAAACUUUCUAUUACCCAGAAUUGAAAUAUCGAACGGAAGAAGUCAAUUCUAACAAAGCGAUUAGUUAUAUUGGUAUUAAGCAAACGCCGGGUCAAGUCGCGGAGCUCUUGUCAAAGAUGUCUUUAAAAUCCAAGGUGAAAGACAAGGAUAUGUUAAUGGUGGAAAUACCACCAACGAGGCACGAUGUGAUACACACUUGUGAUAUUUAUGAGGACAUCGCCAUCGCCUACGGAUAUAACGAAAUAGAGAAGAUAGUACCAAAUAUAUCGACCAUCGCGGCAGAGUUCCCACUCAACAAGCUUACCGACCAUUUACGAUCAGAACUAGCCCAAGCGGGAUUCACCGAGGCACUGACCUUCUCUCUGUGUUCGCGUGAGGAUGUAGCUGACAAAUUGGGACACAAGAUAGAGGACGUACCGGCAGUUCACAUAUCCAAUCCAAAAACUUUGGAGUUCCAGGUCGCGCGCACCACGCUUUUAUCGGGAUUACUCAAGACGAUAGCUGCGAAUAAGAAAAUGCCUUUGCCUCACAAGCUGUUCGAAGUUUCCGACGUUGUGCUGCGAGACGACACGGCGGAGGUCGGUGCGCGCAACAAUCGCCGUUUAUGCGCGGUAUACGGUAAUAAGUCUGCUGGUUUCGAGGUAAUUCACGGCCUGAUAGACCGAGUGUUACUACUGCUGGAGGUACCCUGGAGCGUUAACAAAGACGAGGAUGGAUAUUACCUGCGCGCAGCCGAUGAUCCGAUGUUUUUCCCCCAACGAUGCGCCGAAAUUGUCUGCUACGGCAAGGCGAUAGGAAAGACGGGGGUUUUACAUCCCGACGUACUCGCCAAGUUCGAAUUGAACUUCCCGUGUUCCGCGAUGGAGAUCGACAUCGAACCGUUCUUGUAAUAGAAGCGAACGGGGGUGUAAAUGACGGAGUCAAGCGAUGACACAUCUGCCGAAGUCAAGGUGUAGCUUCUGCCACGAGUUGAAUUCGUGUCCUUUUAGACGGGAUUUCCGGCAAGAUUUAUUUAUUAAUACUUUUUCAAGUAUGUAUGUGUAUAAACGGUCUUGCGAAUAACGCUUGAAAUAUAUUUGUUACACGAUCAGUA